AUGAUCGCUAAGAACAACACCAAUGGUCUACCGGCCAUCAUCCCCCUGAUUGUCAACAACGAGUCGGUCAUUACCGACGUCGCAUUCGACGUCAAGAACCCCACGACGGGUGAAGUCAUUGACCGUUGCGCCGGCGCCUCUGUCGACGAUGCCAACCGUGCUGUGGCCGCCGCGAAGGCUGCUUUCCCCGCAUGGAGCCAGACAAAACCCUCCGACCGCAGAGACAUACUGAACAAGGCGGCGGAUAUCAUGCUUUCCCGGAAGGAGGAGUUGAUUCGAUAUCAGAUGGAUUCAACCGGGGCGGGUCGGAUGUUUGUGGAGAAAACGUUCAUGCUUGGGGUCGGGUUCCUGAAGGACUUUGCGGCAUUGAUCCCGUCCGUAGAGGGUGCGGUGCCUUCGGUCAAUGGAGAAUCUGCCAUGGUCAUCAAGCAGCCCUACGGAGUGGUUCUGGGCAUUGCGCCUUGGAAUGCACCUUAUAUUCUCGGAGUACGCGCAGUGGCUCUGCCUCUGGCUGCUGGUAACACGACGAUUUUGAAAGGCUCCGAAUUAGCACCGAAAUGCUUCUGGGCGAUUGGAGACAUCUUUCGUGAGGCGGGUCUUCCUGCAGGCUGUCUGAACGUGGUCUUCCAUCAAACUUCGGAUGCCGCAGCCGUGACCACUGCUCUCAUCGCUCACCCGGCCGUGCGAAAGAUCAACUUCACCGGCAGCACUGUCGUCGGCUCGAUUAUUGCCUCCACGGCCGGAAAGUAUGUCAAGCCGGUUCUUCUCGAAUUGGGCGGGAAGGCAUCUGCUAUCGUUCUGGACGAUGCCAAUUUGGAGAAGGCUGCGAUGUGCUGCGCCAUGGGAGCAUUCUUGCAUUCCGGUCAAAUCUGCAUGUCCACCGAACGCAUUGUUGUGCAGCGAUCGGUCGCCGACCGGUUCAAGCAGCUGGUGGCCGAAGCGUCCGAAAAGGUAUUCGGAAAGCAUGUGCCGCCGCUGGGCCUCGUGAACUCGGCUGCCGUGAAGAAGAAUAAGGGGCUGGUGGAAGACGCACUUUCCAAGGGCGCCAACCUUGUUUACGGACAGACCCAAGGCAUCGAUUCUAAUAGCAACAGCAUGCGGCCGGUCAUUGUAGGCGAUGUCACCAAGAACAUGGAUCUUUAUGCCACGGAGUCGUUCGGCCCCACUGUGUCCUUACUUGUCGUUGAUACCGAGGAGGAUGCGGUGGCCCUGGCUAACGACACAGAGUACGGCCUUACUUCUGCGGUGUUUACGAGCAACCUGUUCCGAGGACUCAGGGUUGCCAAACAGAUCGAAUCCGGGGCUGUUCAUAUCAACUCCUUGACGGUGCACGACGAGCCGGUCCUUCCGCACGGCGGCUGGAAGAGUAGCGGAUACGGCCGUUUCGGAGGUGUGGGUGGUUAUGAUGAGUGGUUGCAAACUAAGACUGUGACUUGGGUGGAAUAGUCUGAUCGGACCGCAUGAUCCACGCGCAACGAUCCAUGGCUAUUGGCACAUAACUUGCAAGCCCGGGGUCGAGGCCGGCCUUUCCGUCGUCGCAAAGGAGGGAUCGGGUCGAGGCGACGGGCUUUCUCAGUUCAGCCAUUGGGACCCUAGCUGGCAGGAUUACAGCGACGGUCUAGGAUGUUUUCUUUGUUACG